AUGAGGCUUUCUACACUUCGCAAUGCCUGCCGCAAUGUACCGAUCCCAUCCGUACACCAACCUCGUACGGGAGUCAAGGUGUUCGGUUUGGCGAAGAGAUCUAUACGGCUGGGUCAUUCCAGCAACAGCCAGUUGCUUUUCCGGGCUGCUAGUUCCAUAAGCGGCCCAACCUCCGCGGAAGCAGCGCUCACGUUCGGAAAGCAACCAAAGAAAACGGAUGGACCGGGAUACGAAAAUACUAUCAGGUAACGUUAAACAAUGCUUUUCAAUAUAUUUCAGUCGUAAAUUAUUUUUACCAUUCGUAACAUGAACGAAUGGCCAACUCACUUAUUUCUGAAUGUAGCCAGCUAACGCGUUAGCUAGUUGUGCCAGCUAGCAUCUUAUUCGAUGAAUACAGCGAACAUCCACGCUACUUGUAAUGUUGUAUUUCAUGGGAUGUAGCCAGUUUAAUUAAUUAAAGUUGCUACAGUAGCUCGUCUUCCUGAUUAGGCUUGUAGCCAACGUAACUUCCCACGUGUGAUCGGCAUCUUUUAAGGAGUUGUUAACUAACAACCACCACCCAGCUGAUGUAACUUUCCACUGUUUCACACACGUGGAAUUGUAGCAUAUUGUAACUGAUAAAUUACAACGUUUCCGGUAAAGGCUACAAACAAAUGUUUCACAAUUCAUUGUUUACAUGAUGGUUGCCAUAUUUUUUAUUUUUUUAUUUUUAUUUUUUAUUUCACCUUUAUUUAACCAGGUAAGCCAGUUGAGAACAAGUUCUCAUUUACAACUGCGACCUGGCCAAGAUAAAGCAAAGCAGUGCGAUAAAAACAACACAGAGUUACAUAUGGGGUAAAAAAAAACAUAAAGUCAAAAAUACAACAGAAAAUAUAUAUACAGUGUGUGCAAAUGUAGCAAGUUAUGGAGGUAAGGCAAUAAAUAGGCCAUAGUGCAAAAUAAUUACAAUAGUAUUAACACUGGAAUGCUAGAUGUGCAAGAGAUUAUGUGCAAAUAGAGAUACUGGGGUGCAAAAGAGCAAAAUAAAUAACAAUAUAGGGAUGAGGUAGUUGGGUGGGCUAAUUUCAGAUGGGCUGUGUACAGGUGCAGUGAUCGGUAAGGUGCUCUGACAACUGAUGCUUAAAGUUAGUGAGGGAGAUAAAGAGUCUCCAGCUUCAGAGAUUUUUGCAAUUCGUUCCAGUCAUUGGCAGCAGAGAACUGGAAGGAAUGGCGGCCAAAGGAGGUGUUGUACAAGGAGGUCAGUGUACAUUCUCCAUUCCCCAUUGCUGGCUUUGACUCCACCUACAGUAGUAGGCUACUUGCCACAGAUCACAAAGUCCCCACACACACUGUCAGGAAAAGUGUAGUUAAUUUUUACUAAUAAUAUGAUCACAAGUAUCAUUUCACAAAAUAUUUGCAUAUGUUGUUUUUCUUUUGUUGUUCAAUCCCUUUAUUUGAUUGAUCAAACUGUCACUGUAGCCACCAAUACAUUCUAGAACAAUCUAGAUGUACACCUCCUGUCCUUGUAAACAUGAUAUCUGACUACAAUCCAAUCAUAAUGGUAGAGCUUUGUCAUGCCAAGGGUUCUCUUUUGUUUUCGGCUGCUUUCUCCAUAGCUUGCCCAUAGGGCUAAAUGUGAAAAUAUGUGGUCUUCAGUGUGGAUGAGUGGGUUUUUCUGACUCUGGCUUCUCUUGCAGGGAGAAUGUUCGAACGACCAAAGAGGAGAUGGUGGCUUUGCAGAGGGGCCACCCUGCACUCAAACCUAUGCUGGCUAUCAUACAGGUAAACAGGCAUUAGCCUACCAUCUGCAGCUCACUGUGGCCUUAAAUUACUUCUGCCUCUAUUCUGUGCUGUCAAUGUGCUUGUCAGUUGGGGUGGGCUGGGUAUUGAUGGGUUAUUCUAGGGUCUCCUGUGAUUUUGUUUUAUUGAACCUUUUGGUGUGUGUCUGUGUUGCUCACUGCUUUGUAUUCUUGUCUCAAAGGCAGAUGAGGAUGACAGUUUACUGGAAAUCAACAAGAAGAUGGCUGGAAAGGUACAUUAAGUCAUUCUGUCUACAUCUCUUUAUCUUUAAAAAUGUUUUACUAUUACGCUACUCUUUCUUUAGAAGUAAAGUUAUCUGUUGGUGUUUUCCCACUGUUAAUUUCCCAGAAUCCCUCUUUCCAUAGAUUGGCCUGAACAUGACUCAGAUCUGCUUGCCCAGAGAAUGCACUGAAGAUGAGGUGAGUCAAACAAGCCAAUACCUACUACACAAAUUCCCACCACAAUCCAACAACACUCACUGUGAUUGGACACCAAGUCAUUGGCUGUUGCCUUCUUCCCACCCUUCCCUGCAAGUCAAAUCCUGCCUGACAUUUCACUUUACUGUUUGUUUGUCUGUGUGAGUGUGUCUGUUUGUGUGUAUCAGGUGAAUGCAUCUGCAUAUCUUGUUCUUCCAUUGCCUCUCUAAUGAGUCAAGCCACACAGUCUCUCUCAAUUAUCAAUAUGUAUUGGACAUAAUGUAAUGGAUCUCCCCCGAAUACUAGAUAGAGUUGUUGUGGAAAAUUGUCGAAUUUCUUUUAACACAGUACCUUAAGGAGGUUCCUUCCUUCUCAGCUGUGGACCUGGGAAUCACCCUUUUCCAAAGUAGGGUGAUGAUCCUGGUCCUGUGUGUAUUAGGGGAAUGGAGUGGCGCAGUGCUAGCUGUGCCACUAUAGAUCCUGGUUCGAAUCCAGGCUCUGUCGUAGCCGGCCGCGACCGGGAGACCCAUGGGGCGGCGCACAAUUGGCCCAGCGUCAUCCAGGGGAGGGGAGGGAAUGGCCGGCAGGGAUGUAGCUCAGUUGGUAGAACAUGGCGUUUGCAACGCCAGGGUUGUGGGUUCGAUUCCCACGGGGGGGCAGUAUGAAAAAAUAAAUGUAUGCACUAACUGUAAGUCGCUCUGGAUAAGAGCGUCUGCUAAAUGACUAAAAUGUAAAUAUAUGGCCACGGCCUCAGGAGCCUUCUGAGGUGUCUGCUGCUCUACUUUCACUCUGUCCUCAGUGCAUGUGUUUUCUCCUUCUCUCUCCCUCCAUGUUUCUUUACCUCUACCAACCCACUCACUUUCCAGGGGCAGCUGAGGCCACUAUCUGUUGCCUGAGUGGUUGACCUCUCACAUCAAGAGUGCACACUUUUAGACAUCAACGGCCACAUUCUUGCUAGUUUACCUUUUAUUAUUUAACUCAAGUCAUUUCUCCCUCCCAAUUCCACCCCACUCUCUUUCUCCUUAUCCCGCUCACCGACACCCUCCCUCUUUCUUUGUGUAGAUUAUAGAGGAGGUGUUGAAGCUGAAUGAGGAUCCCAAGGUGCAUGGUGUGUACCUCCACCUACCCCCUGCCUCACUCACCAGCCGGGUUCUCAACACACUCAAACCAGAGAAGGACGUGGACGGGUAAUGCAUUCAUUCCUUCAUUACAAACACAGCUCAGCGUACUAUAUAUAACAACAUGUUCAUACAAUGUUUUAAUUAGUGUAAUUACAGCAUUACUACACAGGUAUCAGAGCUUUACCAUUAAUGAAUAUGUUGAAGCCUAUCCCUUUCUGUCCUGAGUUUGUGUGCCUCUUGCCCUGUGGAGUUUAAAUGCAUUUGCUGCCAUGCUGCCUUGAAUUUGGUCCAAAUCAGAAUGUGCUGCAGGACAUUAACAGCACGUCAGAGAGACAGUACUGUGGGCUAUUGUAGAGCAACUAAAACAUGACCCAAAGACAGGAAAUGACAGAGAAACAUUCUCUAUUAUAGGACUACAGCAGUUGCCUUAGAAAGAUGGACAACAUUUUUCAUCUUAAAUCACUGUUGGGCCAUUGAGCAUUGUUAGGUACAUAGCCUUUGUUGGAUUAUACAGUUACUACUACUAACACCAUCACACAAAUGCUGUGCCAUGGAUUAUAAUUGUACAUAAAACACAUUUGAUCUAUACUGUAGCCUUAGUUACUCAGUCAUAACGCACCAUAUGAGGACUGUUAUAAAACCACCUAGCCAGCCUACUGCCAACGCUACAUUAGCAAUGUCUACUACUUGUGCUGUACCCUAAUUUAUGUCUGUGUGUGUCCUGACUCUACUGUACUUUAGUGUGUCAGACCUGAACGUGGGGAGGCUGGUGCGAGGAGACAUGAGCCAGGGCUUCACCCCCCCACUGGCCAAUGCUGUCAUGGAGCUGCUGGCCAGACAUGGUGAGCAGGGGUCAGGGUUAAUGGUUAAAGGUGAGGUAAAUAUGGGCCAUAGUGACCUGUGUGUCACACUACUACUUAAACUGGAUUGGAGUCAUUCUGAGUAUACCAGCAAUGGAGACCACUCUGUGUAACUUAAGUCAUGCAGCUAGAUUAAUUCAUCACUGCUAAGCCUAGCAUGUACGUACUAUAUGUGAUGCAAAUCUCAAAUAUUUUUUGUGUUCAAAUUGUAAUGUAUGGAUUGGAUUACUACCCAGUUGAAAUAGCUUUGCUAUUAGCUUAGCUUUGGGAAUAAUAUUAUAUCCGCAUAUGGAUACAAUCCAAUGAAAACGAGGACACCAAACUAUAUCACCAUAAAAAAACACUGGACUACUGAAUACUCACACUAUUAUGGAACUCCAGGAGGGACUAUUCUAGGAAUAUGAGAAAUGUAGAUUGUAAUGUUGAAUAAAAACAUACUGUAUUUAUCUUAUACCAUGUUGUCCUGUUUCCGUAGACACCCCUAUGGCGGGGAGGACAGUGUUGGUGGUGGGGGGUGAAGGACCCCUCGGGGUGGCCCUGCAAUGCCUUAUGCAGAGAAGAGGUAUGGUGGUCCUCAACAGCCAGAGGAGCUCUGAGGGUCUACAGAAACUGGUAUGUACACAGAGACGCACGCACACAUUCACGUUUACAAGGUACACUUACAAAAUGUGUUUCAAUAGACACUUUGUGUUUUGACCACUCGGUGGCAGUGUAGCUCUAAUUGAGGCAAUACCCUGACACGUGAGGUGUUUGAUUGCUGUCAUGCCAUGAUUAGACUGACAGAGAGCUUCGAAGACCUGCAGAGAUUAAAGUCAAACCCAUCUGCAUCUAUUACCCUGUACCUGAACUACUGAAGGAUGUAAUUUGAACAUGUAAACUAGUUUACUCUCACACGUUUGCUCACUUCCUUAAUUUUUGUCUCUGUCCCCUCUUUCUCAUUCUCUCCUCCUCUCCAUCUCUUCUUCUCUCUCUCUCUCCUUCCCCAGGUGAUGCAGGUGGACGCUGUGAUCCUGUUGGGUGCGGCGCAUACGGAUGUCCCUCCCACAUGGCUGAGACCUGGGGCUGCAGUCAUCCACUGUGGCUCUGCUCUUAUGACAGGUAGGACUGACCGGUGUCAAUCGGGUGGAACAUUGUCAUCAUAGGGACAUUACAGAACUGCUUGGUCACAAUAUACUAUGCUUUUAAUUAAUUAAUUCACUGCUGGAUAGAUGUUGUAUUAUACAGUGCAUUCGGAAAGUAUUCAGACCCCUUGACUUUUUUCACAUUUUGUUACGUUACAGCCAUAUUAAUUUUAAUGGUAGGUUUAUUUGUGUGAGACAGAAUAACAACAAUAAAAUCCAGAAAAACGCAUGUCAAAAAUGUUGUCAAUUGAUUUACAUUUUAAUGAGGGAAAUAAGUAUUUGACCCCUCUGCAAAACAUGACUUAGUACUUGGUGGCAAAACCCUUGUUGGCAAUCACAGAGGUCAGACGUUUCUUGUAGUUGGCCACCAGGUUUGCACACAUCUCAGGAGGGAUUUUGUCCCACUCCUCUUUGCAGAUCUUCUCCAAGUCAUUAAGGUUUCGAGGCUGAUGUUUGGCAACUCGAACCUUCAGCUCCCUCCACAGAUUUUCUAUGUGAUUAAGGUCUGGAGACUGGCUAGGCCACUCCAGGACCUUAAUGUGCUUCUUCUUGAGCAACUCCUUUGUUGCCUUGGCCGUGUGUUUUGGGUCAUUGUAAUGUUGGAAUACCCAUCCACGACCCAUUUUCAAUGCCCUGGCUGAGGGAAGGAGGUUCUCACCCAAGAUUUGACGGUACAUGGCCCAGUCCAUCGUCCCUUUGAUGCGGUGAAGUUGUCCUGUCCCGUUAGCAGAAAAACACCCCCAAAGCAUAAUGUUUCCACCUCCAUGUUUGACAGUGGGGAUGGGGUUCUUGAGGUCAUAGGCAGCAUUCCUCCUCCUCCAAACACGGUGAGUUGAGUUGAUGCCAAAGAGCUCGAUUUUGGUCUCAUCUGAACACAACACUUUCACCCAGUUCUCCUCUGAAUCAUUCAGAUGUUCAUUGGCAAACUUCAGACGGCCCUGUAUAUGUGCUUUCUUGAGCAGGGGGACCUUGCGGGCGCUGCAGGAUUUCAGUCCUUCACGGCGUAGUGUGUUACCAAUUGCAUUUUAUUGCAGACCUAUACAUGCUUUGUAAGUAGGAAAACCUGCAAAAUCGGCAGUGUGUCAAAUACUUGUUCUCCCCACUGUAUGUGCUUUCUUGAGCAGGUGGACCUUGCGGGGGCUGCAGGAUUCCAGUCCUUCACGGCGUAGUGUGUUACCAAUUGUUUUCUUGGUGACUAUGGUCCCAGCUGCCUUGAGAUCAUUGACAAGAUCCUCCUGUGUAGUUCUGGACUGAUCCCUCACCGUUCUCAUGAUCAUUGCAACUCCACAAGGUCAGAUCUUGCAUGGAGCCCCAGGCCGAGGGAGAUUGACAGUUCUUUUGUGUUUCUUCCAUUUGCGAAUAAUCGCACCAACUGUUGUCACCUUCUCACCAAGCUGCUUGGCGAUGGUCUUGUAGCCCAUUCCAGCCUUGUGUAGGUCUACAAUCUUGUCCCUGACAUCCUUGGUGAGCUCUUUGGUCUUGGCCAUGGUGGAGAGUUUGGAAUCUGAUUGAUUGCUUCUGUGGACAGGUGUCUUUUAUACAGGUAACAAGCUGAGAUUAGGAGCACUCCAUUUAAGAGUGUGCUCCUAAUCUCAGCUCGUUAUCUGUAUAAAAGACACCUGGGAGCCAGAAAUCUUUCUGAUUGAUUGGGGGUCAAAUACUUAUUUCCCUCAUUAAAAUGCAAAUCAAUUUAUAACAUUUUUGACAUGCGUUUUUCUGGAUUUUUUUGUUGUUAUUCUGUCUCUCACUGUUCAAAUAAACCUACCAUUAAAAUGAUAGACUGAUCAUUUCUUUGUCAGUGGGCAAACGUACAAAAUCAGCAGGGGAUCAAAUACUUUUUUCCCUCAUUGUGUAUAUAUAUUUUUUUCUUCUCAUCAAUCUACACACGAUACCCCGUAAUGACAAAGCAAAAACAGGUUUUUAGAUUUCCCCCCAAAUGUAUAAAAAAAAAACCCAGGAAAUAUUACAUUUACAUAAGUAUUCAGACCCUUUACUCAGUACUUUGUUGAAGCACCUUUGGCAGCGAUUACAGCCUCGAGUCUUCUUGGGUAUGACGCUACAAGCUUGGCACACCUGUAUUUGGGGAGUUUCUCCCAUUCUCCUCUGCAGAUCUUCUCAAGCUCUGUCAGGUUGGAUGGGGAGCGUCGCUGUACAGCUAUUUUCAAGUCUCUCCAGAGAUGUUAGAUCGGGUUCAAGUCCGGGCUCUGGCUGGGCCAUUCAAGGACAUCUUGUCCCGAAGCCACUCCUGCGUUGUCUUGGCUGUGUUCUUAGGAUCAUUGUCAUGAUGGAAGGUGAACCUUCACCCCAGUCUGAGGUCCUGAGUGUUUUCAUCAAGGAUCUCUCUGUACUUUGCUCCGUUCAUCUUUCCCUCGAUCCUGACUAGUCUCCCAGUCACCGCCGCUGAAAAACAUCCCCACAGCAUAAUGCUGCCACCACCAUGCUUCACCGUGGGGAUGGUGCCAGGUUUCCUCCAGACGUGACGCUUGGCAUUCAGGCCGAAGAGUUCAAUCUUGGUUUCAUCAGAGCAGAGAAUCUUGUUUCUCAUGGUCUGAGAAUCCUUUAGGUGCCUUGUGGCAAACUCCAAGCGGGCUGUCAUGUGCCUUUUACUUAGUAGUGGUUUCCGUCUGGCCACUGUACCAUAAAGGUCUGAUUGGUGGAGCGCUGCAGAGAUGGUUGUCCUUCUGGAAGGUUUUCCCAUCUCCACAGAGGAACUCUGGAGCGCUUUCAGAGUGACCAUCGGGUUCUUGGUCACCUCCCUGACCAAGGCCUUUCUCCCCUGAUUGCUCAGUUUGGCCGGACGGCCAGCUCUAGGAAGAGUCUUGGUGGUUCCAAACGUCUUCCAUUUAAAAGUGAUGGAGGCCACUGUGUUCUUGGGGAUCUUCAAGGCUGCAGAAAUGUUUUGGUACCUUUCCCCAGAUCUGUGCCUCGACACAAUCCUGUCUCGGAGCUCUACGGACAAUUCCUUCAACCUCAUGGCUUGGUUUUUGCUCUGACAUGCACUGUCAACUAUGGGACCUUUAUAUAGACAGGUGUGUGCCUUUCCAAAUCAUGUCCAAUCAAUUGAAUUUACCACAGGUGGACUCCAGUCAAGUUAUCUCAUAGCAAGUCUCUGAAUACUUAUGUAAAUAAGUUAUUUCUGUUUUGUAAUUUUUUUUUAUACAUUUGGAGAAAUUUCUAGAAGCCUGUUUUCGCAUUGUCAUUAUUUGUAUUCUUUAUUAUUUUUUUAUUUUGCCUUUUAUUUAACUAGGCAAGUCAGUUAAGAACAAAUUCUUAUUUACAAUGACGGCCAAACCCGGACAAUGGUGGGCCAAUUGUGCGCCGCCCAAUGGGACUCCCAAUCACGGCCGGAUUGUGAUACAGCCUGGAAUCUAACCAAGGUCUGUAGUGACGCCUCUAGCACUGAGAUGCAGUGCCUUAGUCCGCUGCGCCACUCGGGAGCCCGGGGUAUUGUGGGUAGAUUGAUGAGGGAAAAAAUAAUUGAAUCCAUUUUAAAAUAAGGCUGUAACGUAACAAAAAGGGGAAGGGGUCUGAAUACUUUCCGAAUGCGCUGUAGAUAGAUAUUCAGUAUACAACUGUUAUAAUUGAGUUGUAAUAACAUUGGAUGUCUGUCUCAGAAGAUCAGGGAGUGGAGAUGUCUUCAUUGUCUGGAGUGGGACCCCUCACAGCAGCCUUCCGGAUGCAGAACGUGGUGCGAAGCAGCAGUCGCUGGGCCCAGGAGCAACAGUACAGACCCUGGACGCUCCGCAGCCUCAAGCUGCAGCCCCUGUCACCUGUACCCAGGUAAGAAUCAGGAAGUACCCUUGUUGCUGGGCUACCUGGGUCAAGCCAGGAACUAACCACAUCCCUCUAUACAAAACACAAAGCUCCCAUUUGGGCAACCUUUGAAUGAUGCUGAGAGAGGCAACAUCUCUUCUUGCCUUGACAAACCUCAGAUCAUGCACUCUCUGAGUCUCAAGUGUAUGAGAUCUCACAAAAGGACUUCUCUCAGUAUUGUAAGUGAUGUUUAGAUAAUAUUUUAUUAUAAGGUCUGUGGUAACUUGUCCACCCAUCUGUCCACAGUGACAUAGAGAUCUCCCGUGCCCAGGCCCCUAAGCCUGUGGACCAGCUGGCUCAAGAGAUAGGCCUGCUGAAGGAAGAGACUGAGGCCUAUGGCAGGACCAAGGCUAAGGUCCGCCUCUCACUCCUGGAUCGCCUCAGAGAACAGCCUGAUGGGAAAUAUGUGUUGGUGGCUGGGUGAGUCUGUCCGUCCGUCUGGGCAAGGAAUUUAUUCUAAUUAGAAUUUCACCCCUUUGCACAUUUGUGUUUCAACCCCCCCGAUUCCAUCUCUCUAUUCUCGCUACACUGCUCACAGAAAUGUGUUCACUAUUAGUUUUACUACGAAUGCCUGGGAACUAGGUUGUGUUUGGGUUUCCUCUUGUCAAAUUCUACGAGAGAGAGUGAGCUGCCAAUAGGUUUUUUCUUUUAGAUGGCGAAACGGAGAGAAAUAUACGUUUUUUUUCUUCCUUGGAGAUGGAUAGGGGUCAGGAGACCGUGGAGCCUUGUCUCAUAUCUGUCAGGGCCCCUGGCGGUUGGGGCCCACCCCUCUUUGAAGGGUGUGUGAACGUUGUUGCGCUGACAUAUCAGGCCCCACUGCCUCCUUUCAUGUGUCUGUCUGGGGAAUGCACUGCCGCCAUUCGCCCAACCCCCUGGCAGCAGCACACACACACAGAUUCAAAUGAGCUAAACACUCUUUUUGUCUCCAACCCACUACCACAAGCAUACACACACACUCUCCCACACACUCUGUCACAUAAACACAUACAGUACAUUCAGAAAGUAUUCACACCCCUUGACUUUUUCCACGUUUUGUUGUGUUGCAGCCUGAAUUUAAAAUUGAUAACAUUUAGGUUUUGUGUCACUGGCCUACACACAAUACCCCUUAAUGUCAAAGUGGAAAUAUGUUUAGAGGAAUGUUUACAAAUUAAUUAAAAAUGAAAAGCUGAAAUGUCUUGAGUCAAUAAAUAUGAAACCCAUUUGUUAUGGCAAGCCUAAAUAAGUUUAGGUGUACAUAUGUGCUUAAGUCACAUAAGUUCCAAGGACUCACUCUGUGUGCAAUAACCGUGUUUAACAUGAUUUCUGAAAGACUACCUCUGUACCCCACACAUACAAUUAUCUUUAAGGUCCCUCAGAUGAGCAGUGAAUUUCAACACAGAUUCAACCACAAAGACCAGGGAGGUUUUCCAAUGCCUCGCAAAGAAGGGCACCUAUUGGUAGAUGGGUAUUAUUUCUUUCGAAAGCAGACAUUGAAUAUCCCUUUGAGCAUGGUGAAGUUAUUAAUUACACUUUGGAUGGUGUAUCAAUACACCCAGUCACUACUAAGAUACAGGCGUCUUUCCUAACUCAGUUGCCGGAGAGGAAGGAAACCACUCAGGGAUUUCACCAUGAGGCCUAUGGUGACUUUAAAACAGUUAAAGUUUAAUGGCUGUGAUAGGAGAAAACUGAGGAUGGAUCAACCACAUUGUAGUUACUUCACAAUACUAACCUAAUUGACAGUGAGAAAAGAAGGAAGCCUGUACAGAAUAAAAAUAUGCCAAAACAUGCAUCCUAUUUCCAAUAAGGCACUAAAGUAAAACUGCAAGAAAUGUGGCUAAGAAAUUACCUUUAUGGCCUGAAUACAAAGCUUUCUUUUUUGGGGGCAAAUCCAACACAUCACUGAGUACCACUCUUCAUGUAUUCAAGCAGGGUGGGGGCUGCAUGAUGUUAUGGAUAUGCUUGUCAUCGGCAAGAACUACAGAGUUUAAUUAUUUUUUUUAUGUUUUAAGAUACAAAUAAACGAAAUAUAGGUAAGUACACGCAAAAUCCUAGUGGAAUACCUGGUUCAGUCUGCUUUCCACCAGACACUGGGAGAAAAAUGCACCUUUCAGCAGGACAAUAACCUAAAACACAAGGCCAAAUAUACACUGGAGUUGCUCACCAAGAUGACAUUGAAUGUUCCUGAGUGGCCUAGUUACAGUGUUGACUUAAAUUGGCUUGAAAAUCUAUGGCAAGACUUGAAAAUGGCUGUCUAGUACAUUUACAUUUUAGUCAUUUAGCAGACGCUCUUAUCCAGAGCGACUUACAGGAGCAAUUAGGGUUAAGUGCCUUGCUCAAGGGCACAUCGCCAGAUUUUUCACCUAGUCUGCUCGGGGAUUAGAACCAGCGACCUUUCGGUUACUGGCACAACGCUCUUAACCACUAAGCUACCUGCCGCCCCUAAUGUAAUGAUCAACAACUAACUUGAAGAAUUUAAAAAAGAAUGUGCAAAUAUUCUACAAUCCAGGCUUGCAAAGCUCUUAGAGACUUACCCAGAAAGACACAGCUAUAAUUGCUGCCAAAGUUGAUUCUAACUUGUAUUGACUCGGGGUGUGAAUACUUAUGUAAGUAAGGUAUUUCAUUUUCAAUGAAUUUGCAAACAUUUCUACUAACAUGUUUUCACUUUGUCAAAAUGGGUUAUUGUGUGUAGAUGGGUGAGAGAGGAAAAAAGUCAAUUUAAUCCAUUCUGAAUUCAGGCUGUAACACAACAAUGUGGAAUAAGUCAAGGGGUAGGAAUACUUUCUGAAGGCACUGUAUACACACACACACUGAUUCACUAUCUGGCUCUUACUUCCCUCCGUCUAAAACACACAUACACACACCCUCCCUCUCCUUAAGAGGCCGUCUUUGUUCCCUGCGGGCCCCUGGAGGCGAGGGGCCUCAAUCAAUUGUUGUCAGAAAAAGAGAGCGUGUCCACCAGAUAGGGAGAGAGAAAGUGCCUCUUUAGCUUUCCUCUUUUCCUACCUCUUACAACAAACUGAGCAACAUUGGGUUAAAAGACGGAUUGCAUUUUAAAGCACUUUUUAAUAGGUCUCACAGGGUUCUCACUUUAUAUUUGGUUUAUUCAGCUCUGUAAUGUCCAGCGAGACACCAAUUGGUCACAUGAAUUAGUCCAAUUGGACUAAUGAAUCGGGUUGCCAUGGAUACAGGCUAAAUGUGGUUAGGGCUGUGAGAUCAGAUGCUGCUGAUUAGACUAUAGCACGAGUGGACAAGUAACCUACACAUUAGAUGAGACCAAUGCACUCCCUCAUUAUAUAACUAUACUCAGCACAAAUACAUCUCUAUUAGUGUGUGUACGUUUGUCUUAAUGUUAUCUAUUUUCUCUCCCACACCAGUAUCACUCCCACCCCCCUAGGGGAGGGUAAGAGCACGGUGGUCAUUGGCCUGGUCCAGGCUCUCUCAGCCCACCUCAAGCUUAACUCCUUCGCCUGCCUCAGACAGCCCUCUCAGGGGCCCACCUUCGGGGUCAAAGGUCAGAGAGGGAAGAUCUAUACUCCUAUCUACCUUAGAGAAAGCAUAUCUAUGCUAAUAUAGCCAUCUGCUCCUUAUGAGGGGAAUGGGAAGGGAAUGUUGUCUGUGUGAAGCUAAUUGCUAACAUCUUUGUUCAGAUUGUAAGGGGUUGGAGAUGGGGUAGUUUACUAAAAGUCCACAGCUCAGCAGUACUCCUGUCUCCCUCUGGCCUGUUGUCUCGCUCUCACUGUGUGUGUUGCCUGUGUGUUCCCCUAGGGGGCGCCGCGGGAGGGGGAUAUGCCCAGGUCAUCCCAAUGGAGGAGGUAAGACACACACAGGCAGCUCUCAGCUGGACCCACGGCUUCAAAGGGGCUACACACACGCCAACGUUUAACUAUACACACACACCAACACGUGCACACUCACAUACACACCCUGGCGCUGUAGCAUAACAUUCUCUGUGACUAAAGCGUGCGUGAAGAAGGGAGGGUGAGAGCUGGAGGGAACGAGGGAGGGAGGGAGGGAGGCAGACUUCAAGGGCAUAGAGACAGACACUUCAGACAAGGCGCUUCAGCCUCCUAGCCUCCCUGCCUUCAACACAAACACCAGCACCUUUGAACUCCCCCCUCUUCUCUCGCUUUCUCUCCUCAAUACUCCAGUGGCUGUUAAAUGGAUCUUUAAACUACAUGAUGGAGUCUGUUGGACUGUAAGGGCAAUGUCUGUGUUGUGAUCUAUGUGUGUCGUAGUGUAGUCACAGAGGUGGGGGUCCAGUCAACUACAGGGCAACAUGAGUUCAUAGUCACAGUAUGAGACACAACAUAUAGCCUGAUUGAAAUGAUGUAUAACUCUCCCUCUUGGUUUUCUAUGAAACUAUACUCUGGUCAAUGAAAUUCAGUAAAUUUAGUUUUGACUUAUUCCUUAUGUUUUUAGUGGAGUCUGUUAUUUUAUCUCUGAACGAUUUCGGUUUUGAAUCUGAUUUUCACUUGCUUGCUCUCUCUCUGUCUUUUUUUUCUCUGUCAGUUCAACCUCCAUUUGACAGGUGAUAUUCAUGCCAUCACUGCAGCCAAUAACCUUGUGGCCGCUGCCAUUGAUGCCCGGAUACUGCACGAGGCCACCCAAACAGACAAGGUGACUGUGAUGUCACAAUGCAGAGUGAUUCUGGCAUCACAAUGGAGAGCUAUUAUGACAUCAGAAUGCAGAGUGGUUCUAAAAAUGAUAUUGACAUCACAAUGUAAAUCAUUCCAGUAUAUUCCCAGUCGGUAUUAGAUAGAACGUUGCAACUAACUCAAUUUUCUUGUCUACUAUAAUAAAACUAAAUUUAAGAAAAGUACAUGUCUAAAGGUUACUUUUCAACAUCGCCUGUUCCCGAGCGUUUUCACUACUUAGAAAAAUGUGAUAUUGUAUGCCCCUUUUCAUUACGGUGCUAGCAGCCAAGUGAGUGGUAGCUAGCUACCGACCGGAACACUAGUGAGGUCACAAUGAUGUCACAGGACCCAUUUUUAACUUCCAGAUUAUGUAUGAAUUAUGACAUCACCACUUGAUAUAUUCUCUGACUGUUACAUCUCUCUCCAGGCUCUGUACAGCAGACUGGUCCCCUCAGUGAACGGAGUCAGGCGCUUCUCUCCCAUACAGAUCGCAAGGCUGCGUGUAAGUCCACCCAAUUCACUGCCUAACGUCUUAUGUACUGGCUAUUGUUCAGUUACCUCGCCCAGUUAUGUCCCCAAGACCUCCACUAGGUUGCCUCAGUGAGCUGAUAUACUGGUAGUCCAACAUCCCGUCAUAGGACCUCUCACUCUGCAGCCCUAUCCCCUCAACAUCACCACACGCUCAUCUGUUUAGAUUACAGCUAGAGUAUUAUAGGACUCUAUGGUUUACCAUAGGACUUUUAUGGGAGUGUUGAUAGCAGAGCGGCUUAGUGUUAAGCCAUAACAAACAAACAGAUAGGAGGGGGUGAUGGAGGCGUGGGGUCCUCCGCGAACCAGCAGACAGCCUACAGUCUGAGACACAAAUGCACAACUUGAGGAAGAGUUGAGAAGUUCAGGAGGAUGUGAAAUAUGAAUCCGUUUGAAGAUAUUGAGUGGUAGUGGAAGAGGGAGGGAGAGCGAAAGAGUGGAAGAACUGAGGGAAAAGUACUGGAGGAGUCUCUUAAGAAUUGUCUAAUGAAGGGAAUCUAGGACCAGACUUAAAUAAAAGAUCAGCCUAUCUUCCGCAAGAAAUUCCAUUAUUUGGUAUUUUGUUGAUGGUGGUGGAAAAAGUGUUCAAUUGGUUUGAGAUCUGGUGACUGAGACACGCACACCCUUUAAACUCCCAUGCUCCUUUGAGACCCCUCUUUCAAAGUCACUGAGAUCUCUUCUUCUAGCCAUGGUAGCCAAAAUAAUGGGAAACUGGGAAUUUUUAUACAUGACCCUAAGCAUGAUGGGAUGUUAAUUGCUUAAUUAACUCAGGAACCACACCUGUGUGGAAGCACCUGCUUUCAAUAUACUUUGUAUCCCUCAUUUACUCAAGGGUUUCCAAUAUUUUGGUAGUUACCUGUAGUUGGGAUAGGUGAUAUGAUAAACAUCACAGGGAAAUCUAGGAUAUGAGUUAGAUGACAGGUGGUAGACAUCAGCCCUAUCCUAUUAUUAAAGACAUCUGAGAUCGGAAAAUAGACAUCACAGGGAAAUCCUAGGAGUCUCUUGGACCUCCUUGAGCAGUCUUUUUUUAUUUUACCAGGUAAGUUGACUGAGAUCACAUUCUCAGCAACGACCUUGGGAAUAGUUACAGGGGAGAGGAGGGGGGAUGAAUGAGCCAAUUGGAAGCUGGGAAUGAUUAGGUGGCCAUGAUGGUAUGAGGGCCAGAUUGGGAAUUUAGCCAGGACACCGGGGUUAACACCCCUACUCUUACGAUAAGUGCCAUGGGAUCUUUAGUGACAACAGAGAGUCAGGACACCCGUUUAAUGACGGUGCCCUACACAUGGCAAUGUCCCCAAUCACUACCCUGGGAUAUUAUUAUGUUUGUCCAGAGGAAAGAGUGCCUCCUACUGGCCCUCAAACUCCACUUCCAGCAGCAUCUGGUCUCCUAUCCAGGGACCAACCAGGACCAACCCUGCUUAGAUUCAGAGGCAAGCCAGCAGUGGGAUGCAGGGUGGUAUGCUGCUGGCUUGACCACUGCAUGAUUCAUAAGCUGUUGUUGACAUGAUCAUCUCCCUCUCUCUCUCUCCUGCUCUAGCGUUUGGGCAUCAGUGAGAUUGACCCCAGUGCUCUCACGCCCCAGGAGGUCAGCUCCUUUGUCCGUCUCGACCUCGACCCCGCCAAGGUCACCUGGCAGAGAGGUAGGACCCUGUCCAAUCAGUUAUUCCCUCCUCCCAUAUUCCAGUUUAUCAUUGGCUGUAUCAGGGAGGCCCCCCACAUGAUUGGUUAAUGUGUUGAUUUGAGGGGUGGAGCAGGGUUUCCGUUAGCUGGUAAUUGUAAUUGUAGAUGGCCAAUUGUGCUGCUGAGGAGAGAGAGAAAGCGUGAAAGGAGCCUUGGCCUAAAAUGAAAGUUGGAGAGUAUGCCUAUAGUGAAAAGGCAGGGCUCCAGACUGCGACCAUUUAGUCGCCUUUUGUGACCCGUUGACUUGGCUGUGCGAGUAAAAAAAUGUAUUGGUCGCAUCGUUGCUGGCUCACAUUCAUUCACCUCACUAAAAACAUCACAUUUUUUGGGUGGCUAAAACCAUGAUUUGGUCAAACAGUAAAGUACAUUAUCCUCAUGAUUCCUGUAAUGAAAGUAUCAUUAGCCUAUUGCUGUCAUUUGUUGGGUACGGUAGGCACUAGCCUUAGUUGGUAAUUGCUGCGUUAUAGCCCGUUCAAAACAUUUGUGGAGGUUUUAACAAGUUCACAAGUGUUUUGUUUCAUUAUUUUUAGCCAUUUUCUUUGGCCAAAUUAAGUUUUGACUGUAAUGUUGUGUUUGCCGCAAUAUAAUAUCCUUCUCGUAUUUUCCCUAUAAACAAUGGCUUGACUUACUUUUGAGAUUACCCUAAUAAAGUUUAGAAACUUUUGUGAAGGUGUGGUGUGGCUAUUAGCUUAUUAUACUGCAGGCCUAUGAUAUGAAGGCAGUGCGCACCGGUACUAAAACUGACUCCGACAGUUCAACUUGAGGUGAGGAAGAAUGUUAUACAGUGAGGGAAAAAAGUAUUUGAUCCCCUGCUGAUUUUGUACGUUUGCCCACUGACAAAGAAAUGAUCAGUCUAUAAUUUAAUGGUAGGUUUAUUUGAACAGUGAGAGACAGAAUGACAACAAAAAAAAACAGAAAAACGCAUGUCAACAAUGUUAUAAAUUGAUUUGCAUUUUAAUGAGGGAAAUAAGUAUAGAUUUCUGGCUCCCAGGUGACUUUUAUACAGGUAACGAGCUGAGAUUAGGAGCACACUCUUAAAGGGAGUGCUCCUAAUCUCAGUUUGUUACCUGUAUAAAAGACACCUGUCCACAGAAGCAAUCAAUCAAUCAGAUUCCAAACUCUCCACCAUGGCCAAGACCAAAGAGCUCUCCAAGGAUGUCAGGGACAAGAUUGUUGACCCACACAAGGCUGGAAUGGGCUACAAGACCAUCGCCAAGCAGCUUGGUGAAAAGGUGACAACAGUUGGUGCGAUUAUUCGCAAAUGGAAGAAACACAAAAGAACUGUCAAUCUCCCUCGGCCUGGGGCUCCAUACAAGAUCUCACCUUGUGGAGUUGCAAUGAUCAUGAGAACGGUGAGGGAUCAGUCCAGAACUACACGGGAGGAUCUUGUCAAUGAUCUCAAGGCAGCUGGGACCAUAGUCACCAAGAAAACAAUUGGUAACACACUACGCCGUGAAGGACUGGAAUCCUGCAGCCCCCGCAAGGUCCACCUGCUCAAGAAAGCACAUACAGUGGGGAGAACAAGUAUUUGACACACUGCCGAUUUGCAGGUUUUCCUACUUACAAAGCAUGUAUAGGUCUGCAAUAAAAUGCAAAUUAAUUACUUAAAAGUCAUACAAUGUGUUUUUCUGGAUUUUUGUUUUAGAUUCCGUCUCUCACAGUUGAAGUGUACUACCUAUGAUAAAAAUUACAGACCUCUACAUGCUUUGUAAGUAGGAAAACCUGCAAAAUCGGCAGUGUAUCAAAUAAUUGUUCUCCUCACUGUAUACAUGCCCGUCUGAAGUUUGCCAAUGAACAUCUGAAUGAUUCAGAGGAGAACUGGGUGAAAGUGUUGUGGUCAGAUGAGACCAAAAUGGAGCUCUUUGGCAUCAACUCAACUCGCCGUGUUUGGAGGAGGAGGAAUGCUGCCUAUGACCCCAAGAACACCAUCCCUACCGUCAAACAUGGAGGUGGAAACAUUAUGCUUUGGGGGUGUUUUUCUGCUAAGGGGACAGGACAACUUCACCGCAUCAAAGGGACGAUGGACGGGGCCAUGUACCGUCAAAUCUUGGGUGAGAACCGCCUUCCCUCAGCCAGGGUAUUGAAAAUGGGUCGUGGAUGGGUAUUCCAGCAUGACAAUGACCCAAAACACACAGUCAAGGCAACAAAGGAGUGGCUCAAGAAGAAGCACAUUAAGGUCCUGGAGUGGCCUAGCCAGUCUCCAGACCUUAAUCCCAUAGAAAAUCUGUAGAGGGAGCUGAAGGUUCAAGUUGCCAAACGUCAGCCUCGAAACCUUAAUGACUUGGAGAAGAUCUGCAAAGGGGGUGGGACAAAAUCCCUCCUGAGAUGUGUGCAAACCUGGUCGCCAAAUACAAGAAACCUCUGACCUCUGUGAUUGCCAACAAGGGUUUUGCCACCAAGUACUAAGUCAUGUUUUGCAGAGGGGUCAAAUACUUAUUUCCCUCAUUAAAAUGCAAAUCAAUUGAUAACAUUUUUUACAUGCGUUUUUCUGGAUUUUUUUGUUGUUAUUCUGUCUCUCACUGUUCAAAUAAACCUACCAUUGAAAUUAUAGACUGAUCAUUUCCUUGUCAGUGGGCAAACGUACAAAAUCAGCAGGGGAUCAAAUACUUUUUUCCCUCAUAUAUAUAUAUAUAUAUAUAUAUAUAUAUAUAUAUAUAUAUAUAUAUAUAUAUACUACCAGUCAAAAGUUUGGACACACCUACUCAUUCAAGGGUUUUCUUUAUUUUUACUAUUUUCUAUAUUGUACAAUAAUAGUGAAGACAUCAAAACUAUCAAAUAACACAUAUGGAAUCAUGUAGUAACCAAAAAAGUGUUAAACAAAUCAAAAUAUAUUUUAUAUUUGAGAUUCUUCAAAUAGCCACCCUUUGCCUUGAUGACAGCUUUGCACACUCUUGGCAUUCUCUAAACCAGCUUCACCUGGAAUGCUUUUCCAACAGUCUUGAAGGAGUGCCCACAUAUGCUGAGCACUAGUUGGCUGCUUUUCCUUCACUCUGCGGUCCGACUCAUCCCAAACCAUCUCAAUUGGGUUGAGGUCAGGUGAUUGUGGAGGCCAGGUCAUCUGAUGCAGCACUCCAUCACUCUUCUUCUUGGUAAAAUAGCCCUUACACAGCCUGGAGGUGUGUAGGGUCAUUCACCUGUUGAAAAACAAAUGAUAGUCCCACUAAGCCCAAACCAGAUGGGAUGGUGUAUAGCUGUAGAAUGCUGUGGUAGCCAUGCUGGUUAAGUUUGCCUUGAAUUCUAAAUAAAUCACAUAGUUUCACCAGCAAAGCACCUCCGCACCAUAACACCACCUCCUCCAUGCUUUACAGUGGGAGCUACACAUGUGGAGAUCACCCCUCUGUUAUGCCUGAUGGGGUAUUUACUCCACAGGCUCAAAGGGGCACAUUGAAGCGUGGGCCUCAGAAGAUUAAAAACAGUGUUAGUACAUAUGCGUGUGUGUCUGUACACACAUCUGUAUUUCUGCCAGCCUAUGGCUUGUGCACGUCUGUUUUUAUUUAAUUAAAGCACAGAACGAUGUUGGACUCCUGUGAUUUGCUGUGGUCUUGGUGGAUAGCUAACCACAGAAUAACCAAUACUAAACCUCCAUUAUUAGGCGUUUAGACAAACUGUUGAGUGAGACCUAAGGAACUCCCCCUUAACCUUCUCUAUUGGCACUUCCAAGUUCUAAUGUUCCAUUAUUUAAUUAAAAUGUAAUCACUCAAGCAUAUGUUUCCUAGUUCAUAAGUUCAAAUAAGUUUAGUGAAUUGAAUAGCCCUACCUUUAUCAGUUUAUACUAUUUCAAUGACCUUGGAUUACAUUUUUAACCUGUGUGUCUUAAUUAUGUCUGUGAGCACGUAGUUAUGUCCAGAUUUCCAGUCGGCAAAAUUUGUUUUUUAUCUUGGCUCGCGCUGGUCAUUCAGAGGUCUCUUUAGGUGGUGUGUGUGUGUCAGUUACAGGCCCAUCAUACAUGUGUUUUAAUACUGUUUACUGUCCAAAUGGAUUUUACAGACCAGGCCAGGGUUGGGUUGUAAAGGACAUGACUCAAUACUGUGUACCAGGGGGUCACAUAGGUUUUAAAGGCUCUCCCUGGUCCAUGUUUAUGAAUGACCGUUAAACUGGCCUCUAUCAGAUGUUUUCCACAUGUCACUGAAUCAUUAUGACGUUUUGAAGGGGCUCAGUAUUUUAGAAUUUUUAUUUUUUUGUGAUUAGGUUUUCAAAAAUCCUGUAACUUUCCCGGGUUUUCCAGGAAUCCUGGUGGGAAGAUUCACGUAUUUCGUGCCUAUUCCAUCCUGAUUCCAGGAGUCUUUUUGGGAAUGUUCCCGGAUUGUUCCUGGAUUUUUGCAAUCUUAAGUGUAAUGUAUGUAUUAGGAUACUGUAUUUAUGGGGAUUUUUUCUGUCUUGCAGUGGUUGAUACCAAUGAUCGUUUCCUGAGGAAGAUAACUGUAGGACAGGCCAGCACUGAGAAAGGACAUGUGCGAGAGGUAUGUACAGUAUAUCUUUAAAAUGGCACGUACAGUAUAUCCAUGUGAUUAUGUGUAUGACCUGAGUGAUAACUCACUUAAUAAUAAGAUUAAUAAUAUAUUUAUUUUAUAUAGCGCUUUUCAUUCAAGUAGAAUCUGUCGCUUAAAGUAAAUACAUACACUACCGUUCAAAAGUUUGUGAUCACUUAGAAAUGUCCUUGAUUUCGAAAGAGAGGCAAUUUUUUGUCCUUUAAAAUAGCAUCAAAUUGAUCAGAAAUACAGUGUAGACCUUGUUAAUGUUGUAAAUGGCUAUUGUAGCUGGAGAUGGCUGAUUUUUAAUGGAAUAUCUACAUAGGCGUACAGAGGCCCAUUAUCAGCAACUAUCAGUCCUGUGUUCCAAUGGCAUGUUGUGUUUGCUAAUCCAAGUUUAUCAUUUUAAAAGGCUAAUUGAUCAUUAGAAAACCCUUUUGCAAUUAUGUUAGCACAGCUAAAAACUGUUGUGCUGAUUUUAAAGAAGCAAUAAAACUGGCCUUCUUGAGACUAGUUGAGGAUCUGGAGCAUCAGCAAUUGUGGGUUUGAUUAAAGGCUCAAAAUGGCCAGAAACAAAUAACUUUCUUCUGAAACUCGUCAGUCUAUUCUUGUUCUGAGAAAUUAAGGCUUCCAUGCGAGAAAUUGCCAAGAAACUGAAGAGCUGGUACAACACUGUGUACUACUCACUUCACAGAACAGCUCAAACUGGCUCUAACCAGAAUAGAAAGAGGAGUGGGAGGCCCCGGUGCACAACUGAGCAAGAGGACAAAGACAUUAGAAUGUCUAGUUUGAGAAACAGACGCUUCACAGGUCCUCAACUGGCAGCUUCAUUAAACAGUACCCACAAAACACCAGUCUCAACGUCAACAGUGAAGAGACUCCGGGAUGCUGACCUUCUAGGCAGAGUUGCAAAGAAAAAGCCAUAUCUCAGACUGCCUAUCUUAAUCUUUAAUUUUUAUUGGCCAGUCUGAGAUAUGGCUUUUUCUUUGCAACUCUGCCUAGCAUCCCGGAGUCGCCUCUUCACUGUUGACGUUGAGACUGGUGUUUUGCGGUAUGGUUAAUGAUACAUUGUGUUGGUAUGGUUCUUCUGGUUCUCUUUCUUUCUCACACACACACACACAAGGUUAUUAUAGUUUUGUGUUUUUAUAUUUGUUUAUAUUAGUUAUAAGAUUUCUAUUUUAAAUUCAGUUUAGUUUUAGUUAAGUUUUCAGAUCUGAUUUACUAUUUCAUUUUUAUAUUAUUUUGUUUUAGUGUUAGGGACAGAAAGUAGCCUAUGCGUGGGAGGCUAGGUGCCAUUUAUGUGUUGUAUAGUUUGGGUUUUUUGGGAUCACUCCUUGCCACUGUGGGGCAGUAAUGCAUAAGGCAGGGGUAUUCAACGUCGGGGUCGUGACCCCUAGUGGGGAAUUGCAGCGGGGUCGCCAAAAUUGUGUAGUUAAAUUUGGGGUGGGGUUGCCAGAAAUUCGUGCUAAAUAAAUGGAAUCCCUGGUGAAAGCUUGAAUACCAUAGGCUGAGGUAGACUCAGCGAGAUGUCGUAGAUACAUGAAGUAAUCCGUAGUAGUAGUUUUGGUCCCGUAGCUACCAUGUUGUAGCAGCGUAAAGCGCACCUGUGCACAUGUGCAGAUACUCUGUGUGACUGUGUGAGAGCAAAAACUCACUCAUCUCAAUCUGCGGUGCUGCUCGUCGCAACGUUAUCUCACUGAGUCUUUACAUCAUUAAGUCAAUCUCAAUGUGACCCGCCAGAUUCAGAAGCUUGAAAAAAAAGCUGUAAAACCCCAUUAGAUUUUUGACCAAAAUUCUAUUAAAAAGGCUAAAACUGAAUAUAAUUCAUGAUGCUUUUUAUUUUAUUUGAGUUAGUUUUGGAAUCAAAGAUAUAGUUUCAGUAUAUUUUCAGUUUUUCAAACGGGUUUGUUAAUUAUAUUAAGUUUACUAAAAAAAAAUUGUCAUUAGUUUACUCUAAUAACCUUGACACACACACACACACAGAUAAACAACAGCCCUUCCUUCCAUUGUUUCCCUAUCACUCUGACUCAAUAAGGCUUUUGGAAAACUAGGCCACAUCCAUGAAACAUCGCUCUCUCUGCAUGUGUGUUUACAAAAAUGUAUAUUGCCUAAUUCCCUGUAGAAAAGCGGUCUUGCUUGGACUCUUAUCAACUGGGAUGGAAUCAGACUCGUGUUAGUAGUUAACGUCAGUCUACCUGCCAGUUGUAUAGUGUUGUACAUGAGGGGUGUGUGUGUGUGUGUGUGUUAUCCCUCCACUCCCUCCCUCAGCUCCCCACUGUUCUCUCUCAAGUGUUCUCUGUUGUGUGUGUGUGUGUGUUUAUAUACUCUAUCUGCAUCAUUCCCCUCUCUCUCUCGAUUCAGUUUUACUUAUUUGACCUCAAGAUGUGGAUUGUGUGUUUUUGAGUUGUUCCAUGUCAUUUUAGCAAGCCAUGACACCCACCAUCUCAGAUUGUUCUGACAUUUUCUGUAGUUAGAAACAGUAUUUUGUUGAAAUUGAAUUUUAUCUCUGAGAAAUUAAGCUAAGUGAUUGCUCUCAAAUUGGCCAUUUUAAUUUAUAGGAUUCAGAUAAUAUUCAAUAAAUGUAGUACCCAAUAUCCGAUUUGGACCAAACUUCUUCCUACCAAUUAGUAAGACAUGAGGAAUCCCCCCCCCCCCCCCCCCCCCCCCAAAUUAAAAAAAAAAUUAAUAAUUCAAAAGCCACCCACGGACCCCCCCACACCCCAUGCCAAUCCCACCCCAACAACCAGUAUAUUGAUCAGUGCAUUGUUGGGUUUAGAGCUAGCAACAAAGGCAUUUCACUGUACUUGUGCACAUUACAUUACAACUUGAAACUAUACAGCUACAGCUUGGGGUGUUGCUUCCACGUAAUAUGUAAUGUAUUCCCUGUGAAUCUGGUGAUGUUUUUUUUCCCCGUUCAGAAAAAUUAGUAAUUGAAGUCGCUUGCAUAAUUUACCAUAAAGUAGUGUGCAAUUUCCGGUUUUGGCCACUAGAUGCCGCUGUUCCUGUUAUACUACCACACUCUUUUAACCAUUUUGCAGAUCUCUUAUGUUUAAAUGGAUCACAAAAUUUCCUUUGCACCUUUGGGUAGAAAACCAAUAUAUUUGGCUCUGGAUGAAAAUAAAUUGUGUGGUCAUCCUCACAAUUCAAGCCUGUCCACAGGGAAUACAUUACAUAGUAUGGAGAAGCAAUACUCCAAGCCACAGCUUCAAACUACUAGUCAAACGUAGAGAACUGAUACUGUUUACUGGUUGUUGGUGUGGGAUUGGCGUGGGGGGUCCGUGGAUGGCUUUAGAAUUUUUUUGGGAUUCCUCAUGUCUUACUCAUUGGUAGGAAGAAGUUUGGUCCAAAUUGGAUGUUGGGUACUAUAUUUAUUGAAUAUUAUCUGAAUACUAUAAAUUAAAAUGGCCAAUUUGGGUGCAAUCAAUUAGCUUAAUUUCUCAGAGAAAAAUAAAUUAAAAAUAAAUAUCAGGAAUGCUAUUCAUAUGUUACUAACUACAGAAACGAUUUCAGAACAAUCUGAGAGGGUGGGUGUCAAUCCUCUUCCUUGUGCUUUUUGAGGUGGAACGACCCUCGUCUAUCUCUUGUGGAGACCCAGUUUGACAAAGCAGUGGCCAUUUGAGAUUUUGAUAGUGUGUGUAUUUACAGACAAUAUGUUUCUCUCCUCCUGUGUAGACACAGUUUGACAUAGCGGUGGCCAGUGAGAUCAUGGCUAUCCUGGCCCUGACUGACGGACUGCGGGACAUGAAGACCAGACUGGGACGUAUGGUGGUGGGCAGCAGCCGCAGUGGACAGCCCGUCACAGCAGAGGACCUGGUAAUAUAAUCAUAUAAUAAAUACCAUUAUCCAAAAUCAUGCGUUCAUACAUUUUACAUAAGGUUGGCCCCAGGAAUCGAACCCACAAUCCUGCCGUUGCAAGCGUCUCUGUGCGUGUGUGAUCAAGUCAAAUCGUAUUUGUCACAUGCGCCGAAUACAACAGGUGGAGACCUUACAGUGAAAUGCUUACUUACAAGCCCUUAACCAACAAUGCAGUUUUAAGAACAAUAAGUGUUAAGUAAAAAAUUUAUCAAUCAAAAAUAAUUAAAGAGCAGCAGUAAAAUAACAGUAGCGAAGGCUAUAUACAUGGGGUACCUGUACAGAGUCAAUGUGCGGGGGCAAAGGUUAGUUGAGGUAAUUGAGGUAAUAUGUACAUGUGAUGAGAGCUAAACGGUGUCAGUUAGGGCUAAUCAGUUGUAGUAUUGUUCCACUUAAAGACAUCGGUCAUAAAUUCCUUUAAUGGCCGUAGCAUACUUUAGCAUCAGCCUAUAAAACCAUUGCGAAGGCUGUCAUAUGUCAAGACCGCUUCACUAA